GGAAAGGAUAUUGAUGUUUAUUUGCGUCCUUUGAUUGAUGAGUUGAAGGAGUUAUGAAAUGAUGGUGUAGAGACAUUUGAUGCAUCAAUUGGGAAGUGCUUCAAGAUGCAUGCCGCUAUUUUAUGGACCAUAAAUGAUUUUCCAGCUUAUGGUAAUUUAUCUGGAUGGAGCACAAAGGGAUACAUGGCAUGUCCUACUUGCAAUAAAGAUGCAUCUUCACAAAAGGUAAGAAGUAAAAUUUGUUACAUGGGUCACCGUCGGCAUCUUGAACCUAGUCACUCAUGGAGAAGAAGCAAGAAAUUUGAUGGUAAGAAAGAAAAUAGAUCAAAACCAAAAGAGCUCUCAGGAGAUGAUGUCUUACAUCAAUUAGAUUUAUUAAGUACUUUUAGAGUAGGAAAACACUCAAAUAAUAAGAAAAAUAAACGUUGUCCUGAAGAGUUGAAUUGGGUUAGGAGAAGUAUUUUAUUUGAGUUACCAUACUGGAAGAGCUUGAAGUUGCGGCAUAAUUUAGAUGUCAUGCACAUAGAAAAAAAUAUUUGUGAGAGUAUUUUAGGGACAUUAUUAAAUAUUGAUGGGAAAACUAAGGACACACAUAAAGCAAGACAAGAUCUAAAGGAUAUGAAUAUAAGAAAAGAACUAUGGUUGCAACAUGAUGGUUCCACUUAUACAAUGCCAGCUGCUUGUUAUGUUAUGUCAAAAAAAGAGAAAAAGGAGUUUUGGAAAUUUUUAAAAUCUGUUAAAUUUCCUGAUGGUUAUGCUUCAAAUAUCUCAGGGUGUGUAAGUGUUGAUGAUGGUAAGAUAACUAGACUCAAAAGCCAUGACUAUCAUGUUUUGUUACAGCGGGUGUUGCCUAUUGCUCUUCGUGGAUUUCUAAAUAAAGAUGUCUCUUUAGCAUUAAUUGAGCUAGGUCAUUUCUUCCAACGAUUAUGUUGUAAGACAUUGAGAAAAGAUGACUUAGAACAACUUGAAAGGGAUAUAAUUAUUAUAUUAUGUAAGCUUGAGAUGAUCUUUCCGCCAGCUUUUUUUGAUGUUAUGGUACAUUUGGCUGUGCAUUUACCUCGAGAGGCUAUGUAUGGGGGACCAGUACAAUAUCGUUGGAUGUACAAAAUUGAGAGGUUCUUGUGCAAGCUUAAGCGUUACGUACGAAACAAGGCACGUCCAGAAGGUUCUAUUGCAGAAGGCUAUAUUAUUGAUGAAUGUUUGACAUUUUGUUCUAUGUAUCUUACUGAUAUUGAGACUAGAUUUAAUCGUGAACAUCGAAAUGAUGAUGGAUCUAGCAGCAAAGAUGAACAUGUUCUAGACAUAUUUUCAAAGAAUUCUAGACCAUUUAGAGAUGGAAUAUAUGAUGUCAUACCAAAGAAAGAUUUUGAUAUGGCUCGAUGGUAUGUGUUUAAUAAUUGCGAAGAAGCAGAACCUUUUCUUCAAGAGCAUAGAGAAGAGUUAUUGAAACAAGCUAUUGUGAAUAUCAAUGAUAAACACCGAGAACAAUUUCCUUUAUGGUUCAAAAGAAAAAUUAUGCUAUUAUAUAAUAAGGAAAAGUCAAUGCCUAUCCAGAAAUUAUAUCCUUUGGCAAUGGGACCUGAUGAGCGUGGAAGAACACAUACUGGUUGUAUUGUAAAUGGUGUCAGGUAUCAUGUUCAACGAUGCGAUGAAUUACGUAAAAGUCAAAACUGUGGUAUAGUAGUUGCAGGCUACCAUGAAAAUGAGGUUCAAUCAGAUCACUGUGGCAGAAUUUUGGCUCGAGGGACAAUGGAACCUGAACAUGCUCCUGCAACAGGCCCCUAUUACAGGCCAGGGCUGGACAACAUUGAACACAUCUUCAACAAUGGACACUUUGCUACCUACGUGUGGAAAAGUUUUGCUGCUGCUGGAAUCAUACCAGAUCACAGUUCACUGCCUCAGCUCAUUGUGCAGUGGUGGUCAGCUAAGUACAACAAUGCAGCACACAAGCUACUACUACAAGCUACACCAAUAUUCAUUUGUUGGAACCUUUGGAAGAAUCGUUGUGCUAAUAAAUAUGGAGGCAAAUCGUCCAAUUGGAUAAAACCUCCAGCUCGAUGGGUCAAAAUCAACACGGAUGGCAGUGCACUAAGCGACCCUGGCAGAAUUGGAGCAAGUGGUAUCCUAAGGGAUAAAAACGGAGAAAUGCUAUUAGCUUUUGCUACGCCUUUGGGGGAAGGUACCAAUAACCAGGCUGAAAUAGGAGUAGCCAUAUUUGGCAUGACAUGGCGCACUCUCUCUCAGCUGGGUGAUUUUCUGGCUAGUUCCACCGGAAUGGCCACACAGCCGCUGGACGGGCCCCUCAGGCCACCAGACUUAAUGGAAAAGAAGCGCCAGGACAGCAGUUACAAAACCCAAGAAGAAUCACCGUCUAAUUCAACCUACAACUCUUCGAAUCUACGAAAAGAUGAGGCGAUAUGUGUGGCGAUUUCAAAGAGAGAGCUAGACGGAACUCGCGAAUUUAUUUCCCAUGGCCAAACGAAGAUUAUUCGAGCAAAUGUGGAGGUGGAUAUGGAUCCAUCUAUACAGGAUCUAGUUCCACCGGAUAAUGAGGAUUCGUUCACUGGGGAUUCUUCCCCUUAUCUAGACGAACAUCUCACAGCAAUUUCAAGCAAUUUGGACUGGCGAAUCGUGACGGAGACGAAUGCCGGUGGGGCUGCCGGAGUACAGGUAAACUCUGAAUAUUAUAAUGAAAUGUCUCAAUUUGAUACAGGUUUAGAUGAAGGUCUGGAGGGGAGAAACAUGACUACACCGAUGAUAAACAACAAUCCAAGGAUAAAAGACUCCAAUCGAAGCCAAAGAAGAAUGAAUGAGAAGAACAAAGACAGUGAUCAACAAAUACCAAGCAAAGCUGCAGAACAGGGCAAUCAGAAUUCCAUGUCACAAAUCCAAGGCACACACGAUCAUUCAAAAGGGGAUACUUCAUCCAAAUUUUCGUUUGGAGUGCAGGGCAACCAGAAUAUGCCCACCCCUGAGUUAAUUCGACAGAAUAAGGAAAGACAGCAAAAGGACAACAACGCACAACAUUAA